AUGCCGAUCCAUAAGGAAAUUGAGAUCAUGAUCAACGGCGAAUUUGGCGAGCCUUUCUGUGAAUUUCCGGCUCAGGACACAGGCUGUUCCAAUUCAUCAAAGGGCCCUUCUCCAUCUGUGACAUGCAUGAUUGGAUGUUUCCCUGGCCAAAAGUUCAGUUUUAAAGUCUUGAAUCACAGUGUCAAAGCUAUUGUUGUGCAACCACGUAUUGAUGGAAUACUUCUAUCCGAGUUUGCAGUUUCACAGGGUCAAUCCUGUCUCGAUAUUGGUUAUGUGGAAUCUCUGGGCUCCAUACUCAACGAUGCUGUGCGUCCAUACCAGUUUGCAAGCAUACAAAAAUGGCGAACCAUGUCCAAAACUGAAGAUCACUUUAUGGGCAAAUUGAUCUUCACUGUCUUCUUUGUGGAAGAUUUCGAGGAUGCAGCCCAAGACAUCCAUAAUGGCUACAAGAAGUUGUCAUUGAAGGCAAGAUCAGUACAUGAAGAUGAUCUUAAUAAUGGAUUUCAGGUCAUGUAUGGCACCAUGGCAGUUGUUCUCUCCAAUCUCAAGCCCACACCAAUAACUGUAGCAUCAAUUCCAUCCCACAAACGAGUGUUGACAUAUAAGAAGAUGCGAGAUGAAGAUCCACUGAUAUUUUGCUUCAAAUUUUGUCACAAAGGCAACCUGCCAGUGGACAAGACGACACAACAGCAAGAGGAUCAGGACAACAGAACAAACACACAGGCCAUUGUACAAACCAACCUGGUUUCCGAGCAAGAUGAGCAGCCGAAUGAUGGUGCUCAUCCGGUAAUAGGUGGCACAGAUGCAGACGUGCCUAAAGUAGCCAUUCUCAACUCAACAAAGGAAUGGGAUGGUGAAUCAGAUAUGGAAGAUAUGCUUCCUGGUGAGGCUGAGAACGAUGACGAUGACAUGCUCGGUGAAGGCUCAACUGAGAUCCGAGCCUCGGAACCUCCAUUGACAGAUAAUGAAUGUAUGUCCCUGGUUGCUUUAUAA